CAGAAACACGUCAAUCACAUAUUCAGACCCAUUGAUGAAGUUAUUCCUUCAUGUAAGGAGGUGCUCAAUACAGCACUGCAAUCAUUACAGAAGAAACUUCAACACAAUGAAAAAAAUGAAAGGAGAGUUUGAGGAAACAGUUCGACACAUCAAGUCUCAAGCUGAGCACACAGAGCGUCAGAUUAAACAGCAGUUUGAGAAGCUUCAUCAGUUUCUCAGAGAUGAAGAAGAAGCUACAAUCACUGCACUGAGGGAGGAAGAGGAGCAGAAGAAGCAGAUGAUGAAGGAGAAGCUGGAGGAGAUGAACAGACACAUCUCAGCUCUUUCACACACAAUCAAAGACACGGAGGAGAUGAUGAAAGCCAGUGACGUCUGCUUUCUGAAGGAGUUUCCAGUCUCAAUGGAAAGAGUCCAGAUCUCAUCACAGCCGGAUCCACAGACGCCUUCUGGAGCUUUGAUUCAUGUGCCACGUUACUUGGGCAACCUGCCCUUCAGAGUCUGGAAGAAGAUGCAGGACAUCGUCCAGAACACUCCUGUGAUUCUGGAUCCAAACACGGCUCAUCCACGUCUCCUUCUGUCUGAUGAUCUGACCAGUGUGAGAUACAACAAGAUCACUCAACCUGUUCCUGAUAAUCCAGAGAGAUUUGACCGGUAUGAAUGUGUUCUGGGUUCAGAGGGUUUUAACUCAGGAACACACUGCUGGGAUGUGGAGAUUACACAGAGUCAAUUCUGGAGACUUGGGAGUAACUACAGCAUCAAACCAGAGGAAGGGACGGGGUUUCUUCAACACUGA